CGGAUUCUCGCCAUUUGACCAUGGGCGGCUCGCCACAUUCGCCGCGUUGAAGGCCUUGUGUGACCUCCAAUUUAGUCACAGCACCCAUUCCCACCACGAACCGCCUCGCCCCCAGGAGCGGUAAUUAAAGGAAUCUAGUUUACUGGCUGACAACAUGUCACCACGGUGCCGUGCUGCUGGUGCCAUGGUGACGAUGAGCCCUUUCAUGGCCCCAUCGCUGGCUGGCUGGGAGCGGAGUGGCGGCUCAAGGAAUACCUCCGGAAGCGUAUGAUUCUGCCGCCAGCCGUCCAGCUAUCCUGCUGCAGCAAUUCCAUUACUGGUACCAGUGACGUGUCCAGUGCGUGCCUAGAGCACCAGCCGCGUACAGUUGAAGUGGUGCCAUUCCCAUUGUGUCAAAAUAAUGCUGAUCCAACGUGUCAAGCGAAAGCGAGGAAAGUGAUUUCGUGGCUUUAUUGCAAAAGACAUUCGUGCACACCCAAUCGUUACCGAUCACCACGAUCCCACCGAUCGGCGAAACUGUGAUAUCAAAGGAACAAAAUUUUAUCAUCUUCAACACAACAAACCUGAGGUGGCACAUGUAAACGCUACGUCAAUCGCGUUUUUUUUUUUUGCAUUACAAAGUCUGUGACAACACGGCAGGGGACGGAAAAUGUGUAACUGCUGCAAGUGUUUUUUCAGCUGCUGGGAAGAUUUCUACUGGAACUGCAUCGAGGAGAAGUUCUGUUUCGACGAAACGUUAGUUAGCUACGACCCGGAAGAAGAUGAAAAGGUGGUCAAAAAUAAGAGCAAAAACGGAUACUACAGUGGACCGACGGCUGACGGUGACUCGGCCGAGAACAACAAUGCACCGAUAUGUCGCCAACCGGCGGGCAGCAUCGGACGUAACAUGUCGAUGAGCUCCGCCUGCAAAAUUCACGAGGACGAUUUGCGCCGAGAGAUUCAAACCAACGUCCCGAUGCUGGCACCGGAAGUGAUGGCCAUCUUUGCUAAUUCACAAAUUUUCCAAUCCAACGCACCGUCCAAGCAGCAGCAAACGUCAAAGGCCACCUCGCCGUCGUCGGUGAAGUUUGCCAUUUCCGAUUCCGGUUCACCGAUCGAUGUGACGACCCCGGCGGCCGCCGCCACCGCCGAAGUUGGUGCUGGCGAUGACGGCCGCUCGGAGAGUUCGGAUAAGCUCCUGAAACGGCUCGAAGGAACGUCCCUGGGAGAGCGAGAUAACCGAGCCGUCAUUCCGGCCAUCGUCGAGGAAGAGGACAUCGAUGGGGGGUCCGAGCGGGACGACGAGGUCAUCUUGAGGCCCCCGCGUGUCUUUUCCGACGCGGCCCUGUCCAAGUCGAUUCCGCGCGACGUGGGCAGCAGUAUGGUUCACAAGCAGAUCAGCUACCUUCAGGCAGAGGUGCCAUACUUUGCCAUUCGUCCGGCCAGCGAGAACGACAUCUUCACAAUAUCGUCGUCCGUGGGCGGUGGUGGUGGCGGCGGUGGAAGCGGCGGCUCUGGAACGUACAAUGCCAUCAGCAUGACACCGGAGGUGCCGGCCAUCUCGUACUCGAACCUCCCGAAGAACUACCUCGAGACACCCGUCAUCGAGAAGUACCGCGAAUCGGUCAGCCUGUACUCGAUCCAGACGGCCGGCAUCAACCGGCAAUCGCAGACGGACGAUCUUUCGAUGCCACGCUACUACGGCAAGUCGGAGCUGUUCGUCGUCGGUAUCGAUCGGGCCGGUAGCCGCAGUGCGGACGCGGUUGAGAUGGGCCGAUCCGACGACGGGAGCAGCGGCACGUUAGCCAAAAACCAACGUGCUCGCACCAACAUGGAAAAGAGCAAACGAUUGAUGAACAUCCGCACGGCAUUGCCACCGCUUAAUCUGGGCCUGGUACGGGGCCACUCGUCGGCCAACCUGAGGGAACGGGACCGUGAUUCGAAGGAACGCGACAGACACUCCAAAUCGAAGGAGAGCAUGCGUGUCUAGAGGGCGCGCUCGCCCAUGCCAAGUUUACUUAACCAACCAAUCAGUGCCAAGUACAGUAUACGGGAACAUCGUCCCAGGUGCUGGUUUCCGGCCGGUUUCAUGUUGCUACUUAGUUUUGUUGUUUUCAGUGAGGAUCUCCUGUGCGAGAGUAGUGGAGGUAUUAGAAACCAGCGUUGUUAUGCAAUUGUUAACACGUGUGGAGGGAAGACAUUUUAAGUGAUUCAACAUAGUCGUUCCGCACGCGGCACUCUAUAUCCGUUACAAUUCCAGAUGAGUAAGAUAUAGUUCAAUAAAGUCCGU